AUGUUUAAUUUAUUCGGGUCGAAGGGUCAAGGUCGAAACAUUUUAUGUUUUAAUAUUAAGAAAAAAUCAAUCCGGGCUGGACUCGUUAUGACGGCGAGGAAGAAAAAAACCAACGGACGAAUCAUUCAUUCGAAUGAAACUUCUUUUGAUUGUUUUUUAUUUAUUUAUCGGGUUUUUGUCGUGGUUUUAAAUCCAUCGAAAUCGUAUUUCAAACCGAAUUCUUCAUCUUACUCGUAUUUAUUUUUCAUAACUUUUUUACCCUUCAUAAAUUCCAUAGAUUUAUUUAUGCGUAUAGGCGGAGAUUUUUUAAAUAAAAUUUAA